CCCUCCCUCCCUCUAUCCAUUUACAUUCAUGUGCUAUGAAUGCAUUCACUAACUUACACUAACAUCUUCCCCAGAGUUCUCUGCCUUCUCAUCUCCCAGGUGGAGGUGGGAAUGUUGGAAUUGCCGUUUCCUGCCCUGGAACUACUAUUUUCAAUGUUGAUUUUCAUUUUUCUUCAUUUCUCCUUCUCCCCUUAGCCCUUUCCCUCUCUCUCGUUCGCUCGCUCUCUCUCUCUCCCCACACAGAAACACCCCUAGCCAGCCGGUGAAUUCAAACCUAGAACCCUUUUGCUGUGAGGCGACAAUACCAACCACUGAACCACCACGCCGCACCAAAAAGUAUAACAAAGAAACCAACGCUGUUAUGGCAGAUCAAGAUGGGAAAAAGAGUCAGGAGGAGGACCUGUCUCUUGGCAUCAAGGAUCAGAGUAAGCACCAAGCUAGCGAGCCCUAUCCAUUUCAUAAGUAUAAUCAUACCAAUAGAUACACGGAGGGCAGCAUUCUUAAUAUUCCAGAAUCAGGUGCCUUAAACUAUAUCGAACCCUGCCAUGAAUACAAAGCUUUCAUCAAUACAACAGAUGAAACAAAAAUGAGCAAGUUCACUGAUGAAGUUAUUCGCUUCGCAGCCGCCUGCAUGAAUAGCCGCACCAAUGGUACCAUACAUUUUGGUAUUGGGGACAAGCCAAAUUUCAUCCAUGGUCAAGUGCUAGGAGUAGUUGUUGAGGACAAAGAGGCUUAUCUAAAUGAGCUCAAAUUUGCCAUUGACAGGUCUUUUGAGUUUAAACACAAACAGGCUGCUCAAAAGUGCAUCAAACCUCCUCGAUUUGUUGGUGUCCUCAAUAAGAAUAUGACAUCCUCUGACAAAUGUGUGAUAGAAGUGGACAUAGUUCCUGAUUAUGUGAUCUGUGAAGAAAACAUCUAUCACACUUUCAACAUGGACACAAAAAAAGCCAAGAAAAAAGAAAAAGGUAAAGACGCAGACAAAACUGAAACAAAACCCUCAAAGCAAUUCUUUAUCCGAGAUGGUGGUAGCAGCAGGAAUCUCCUCGUACCAACCACAUCUGACAAACACAUGGAGCAGUACAACCGGUUUAUUCCCAGUGUGGCAAAACAAUCACAACUCCGGAAACAAGCCGAAGAGAAGCCCCUCAAUGUGAUCAAAAACAGCAAUCAGGGCUCUAGAUUAAGUCAGAUGAUAACUGGUGGAUCCCUCUCGUUAGACAAGUCACACUUUGAGCGUUAUAUAAUAGUGACUAACAAGUCACACUCAAUCCAGUUGGAAUCACUGGGAUUUCUUGUAGAACUCGACCCAACAGCUGUUUUGGACUUUGAUCCAGAAUCAGCUGAAUGUGGAUUGCAGAGUUACUUUGAACAGCAGAGUACAGUGAGUGUCCAUUUACCAUCAGAGUAUAAAAUCCCAGAAGGCAUUGAGGACAUUGCAGACAUGUUUAAACUAACUAAAAAAACCAGAUGGAUGUUCUGCAACGGUGGUAUCAAGGAUGAGGUACCCUCAGAUAUAGACCAGUGGUCGAAGGACAAGGGAGCCUCCAUCCAAGAAGUGAUUUCAUUCUUGUGCCGGAAAGAUGUGUUUCCAAACAAGAGAUUCCUUGUCAUUUUCUUAAUUUUAUCUACUGUUAGUGAGCAGAUGGAUCCUCUUGUUGAGACUUUCAGCACAUUCUUUCAUGAGCUCAAAGGCACAGAGCAAAUCCUUUGUAUCUGUGACAAUGAAAACGCAUUUACAUCCUGGAAAGACUUAAUUAAGGCUCGUUGUGGAAACGACAUCUCUGAUAGAUGCAUAUAUGAGCUCAGCUUAACUGAAGUCAACGGCACUAUCCUCAGCCUUUUGUCAAAAAAACGUAGAUCAAGUCGUUUCCUAACCUGUGGUGGAGGAAGCAAAGUGCUUCUUAAAAAGAAAGUGGAGUGUAGCCUGAAUAGCUUAGAGAUUUUGUGUACGAACCAAUGUGAAGGAGGUAAUGAGGACAACAUUCCCAUUGAGGAGAACUUCUACAAAGGAGGAAAAGUGUCUUGGUGGAAUUUCUAUUUCUCAGAGCAGCCUGGAUCAACACCGUUCAUUAAACGAGAUAAGUUUGACUUCAUAAAGAAGACUGUGAUACCAGAUUUGUGCUCCUUGAGAAAACCCUGUGUGUUGUUCAACCUCAUGCAUGUUCCUGGAUGUGGUGGGACAACUUUGGCCAUGCAUAUUUUAUGGGCUCUCCGGGACAGAUUCCGUUGUGCCAUUCUUAAAAACAGUAAAGCAGACUUUGCUGAAGUUGCUGACCAAGUGGUAAAACUUUUAACGCAUGACCAUGAAGAGCAUUUACCACGGGUCCCAGUUUUGCUGAUGAUAGAUGACUUUGAUGAUAUGAAAAAAGUGAAAUUCUUGCAGCAAUUAAUUGAAAAAGAAUGCAAGAAGAAGGUCAUUCAGUGCAAGUCUGCCCAUGUAAUUCUCCUUAAUUGUGUGAGGGCAGAGUCCUCUGAAGUGACUGAAUCAACGGACACUGUGUUCAUUAGAAAUGAUCUCUACGAAUUAGAGCAGAAACAGUUUGUUCAACAACUUGUAGAAAUAGAGAAAACACACAAGAAUGCUGACACGUUCUAUGGUUUCAUGAUCAUGAAGAAGAACCUUAAGCCAGACUAUAUUCAGCAUGUGGUCCACAAUACCCUGAAGAGCUUCAACAAGAAUCAGAAACACGCACAACUCCUGGCUGUUUUAGCUUUAUUGAAUGUAUAUGGUAAUGGCACCUCUCUCUCCAGCUCUGUGUGUCACAAUUUUCUUGGUCUGCAACCUACAUUAGUUUGUGGAACUGACAGUGUUGAAGAAAGAUUUGAUACAUUUUCCACUUUAGUUGCCAGCAGAGCAGUUAAGGGAAAGGUACACAAGGCCGUGGAAAUUAUCCAUCCAAGUUUUGCAUGGUACUGUCUUCAGGAAAUAACUCCCAAAAUGACAAUAGCUGAAAUAAUCAACCUACUCUUGACCACAGAUGAGCUUUAUGAGGAUACUGAAGGCAAAGACAUACUCAUGCAAGACGUUCUUAGCAUUUUGAUUGAGAGACAUUCAAUGAUGGCCAAAUCUCAGUCUCAUUCCAUCGACCGUCCUUCCAUUCUCAAGAGAUUGAGUUAAUGAUUAAAAAAGAUUUGAGAAAAAUAACAGCAUUGCUCAGUUACAAUCUAAAUACCAUCACCGUAACGAUUUCAACAACAAUAAUAAUAAUUAUUAUUAAAGCCGCAA